AUGGACGACACACCCGCGCCCAAGCUCUCAGAGCUGCUACGGCACCCCGACGACCUCGAUAAGAUCCCCGCGCUGAAACAGGAAUUCUCACGCAAAAAGGGCGCCGUGGAUGGCCAGCUUCGUAGCGGUCUGCGCGAGCAGCUCGAGACGACUCAAUCGGGCAUGACGGGCUUGAGCGACGGCCAGAAGACGGUCCAGAUGAUCAAGGAGGAGAUGAUCAAGAUCGACAAGCUGUGCUCCGAAUCACAGAACAUGAUAAAGGACUUUGCAAGCAUCAACCUCGUGUCACAGGCACACCGCAACUUCGGUGCCGUCGAAACUAUGCGUCGCAAUCUCGAGACGUUUAACGACCGCAUAUCGCGCGUGGAGGCUAUGUUACGGGAGGACGACGAGGAUGGGGACAACAUGCCGAACUUGCUGCCGUGUCACUACGAGCUCACUCAACUGAGGAAUAUUCGCGACGACGCUAUGGAGCAGAUACAAAGGGCAGAGGACUCGAGUCUGGAGGAGACCUUGGUGGAUUACUUUUCGCGACUGGACGAUACGAUCGAUUGGUUCGACGAGCACGUCGGCAUUAUUGCUCUGAAUCUCAUCAAUCUCGUUGUGCAGGAUAACAACGGCCUCGUGGUGAGAUUCGCAGUAGUGAUGGAGGCAGAGGAGUCGAGUGACCAGCGGGUGUUGGCGCUGCAGGAAGCUCUCAAGGAUCAUAAGGAGAUGGCUACUCGGUUCCAAAGCAUUACAGACGGUGCGAAGAAGGUCCGUGGCUAUAAGGACAAGUUCAUACAAGCUAUUCGGCUCAGCGCGGAGCAGCAAUUCGAAGGUGCCAAGGAAGAGUUUCUCGAUGACCCGAGCAAGCUGGAUAAGAUCAUGAAGUGGUAUUUCAACGACCUAAACGUCGUCAAGGUCGGAAUGUCGCACCUCAUGCCCAAAAAGUGGAAUAUUGUAAAGACGUACGCCGGCGUAUACCACCAGCUUAUGCACGACUUCCUGGUCGGCAUGGUGGACGGCGAUGAAGCGUCGUCAGCGCAUACUCUAGAGAUUGUGGGCUUCCCGGAGAAGUACUACAGAAAGAUGGCAAAGAUCGGCCUGAAGCAGGAGGAGCUUGUGCCGCAGGUUAUCGAUAAUCGUGAGGCUGAGCUCGUGCGCGACUUUCGUGAACUCAUCAUCAAGUUCCUCGAUGAGUGGAUCGAUCGUAUCUUCGCCCAGGAGAAGCGGGACCUGGCAGAGCGUAAUAUCGAAGGUUCCAACCUGGACCAGGAUGAGUAUGGCUAUUUCCGGACCAAGAACUUCGUUGCUCUAUGGCGCAUGCUGCGUGAGCAGGUAGACGCCGCUGCUAAUUCUCAGCGCGCCGACGUCGUCGAAGGUGUCAUCGACGCAAUGUUUGCCCGUCUUCGGACUCGUCAGCAGUCGUGGCAGGCUAUGCUUGAAGAUGAAGCUAUACCUUACGAAGAGGGCAAGGUCCCUGAGCUUGAGGGUUUCCAGGCUCUUCAAGAUUGGCUCGUGGCUACGGCCAAUGACCAAAUCGCCUGUAUUGACGACAACGAGGACGAGGGCCGCUUGGCAUACCUUACGAGCUUCCGGCGUCUCGUUGAGCAGCACGUCUCGCCCUCAUAUCUCGAGCGUAUCGACACUGAAGUUAGCAUGCUGCGUGACGGUUAUGUUGAUUUCAGCACAUGGUGUAUCAACCGCUUUGCCCAAGUCAUCUUCUCUGUCGAUUUUGGUACCGUUAUGCCCGAGUUCUUCACACCCAGGUGGUACGGCAGUACAGCUAUGAAACAGAUGGUAGUCACAUUCGAGGAGUACGUAAACGACUAUCGUCAAGUGCUGCACCACUCCCUCGUCGACAUCUUCGUAGAGAUCUUUGCCGAAGAGCUACUCGUCCGCUACCUGUCCGCCGUGCGCAACAAGGGCGCCAAGUUCCGCCGCACCGAGCCCUUCCAGGACAAGUUGUUCAAUGACAUCUCGACAGCUUUCGAGUGCUUCAGCACUCUUCCGUCGCCCGACAUCGGCGCGUCUAUCAAGGAGACGUGGCGAGUCACAGAACAUUUCCUGCGUUUACUCACAGCCGACCGCGAUGCCAUUGUGGAUGCUUAUGUGGCAUUCAAAAUGGCUUAUUGGGAUCUAAAUCUCAUGUGGGUCGAGGCUGUGUUGAGGUCAAGAGAUGACUUCGAGAGGUCUAUGUUGACGGCGGUUAAGAAAGAGGCUGCCAAUGUCGAAAGUGGACGUGGGCCCGAGACGAUCAUGAGUAGAGUCAAGUAA